CGACCUUGUGCAGUAUCAUCUGUCGACAGAGCGGGUGACAUAUCUUUUGUCAACGCGCCAGUGAAGGGCACAGUCUGACACACACGCUGCAUCUCCAACUACCUGAUUCGGGUCAGUUAUUUCUUGCGAGAAGGGUGGGUCUCAGUCGAGACAGGUUUAUCCAACAGGCAACGCAAGACAUCUAUAUUCAUAUUAGACAUUACCGAGAACAGGAGGGGUACGUUUGUACAUGUUUCUAAACCGUGAGUCCCAUCCAGUGGUUCGUAUAGGAUCAUAUAUCAUGGCGUCUAAAGCUCAGUGUCCGCAUUGUUGUGUUUGUAAGAAGCCAUACAAGUACAAAGGGAUAGAUCCGUACCUUCUUCCGUGUUUACAUGCAGCCUGUGCUGGGUGCAUUAGCGUUCAACGUGAAACAAUAACAUGCCUGUUAUGCAGAGAGUCAUUUGACAAAGAGCAAUUCAUUUUCCUAAAUGAUACCGUCACUCAAGUAGAAACCCUUGCCACUACCCUAAAACACAAGCCAUCGGAGAUCAAAUGCACCAACAAAGAUCAUAGCCUGGAUGCAGUAUCCUGGUGCAAGGAUUGCGAGUCCUUCUUCUGUCAAUCGUGUCAAGCUGCACACAAUCAGGUGAGGAGUUCCAGCACCCAUGGGAUGGUGUCUCUGAAGGACAUGAAGCCAGCGGAUGUGCGUUCACAGAAGUCGCUUUGUCCAGACCAUGAAUCGUAUGCUCUGGAUCUUUACGAUGAAACGUGUGAGAUUAUCAUUUGUUCAAAAUGUGCUCGGUCAAAUCAUAAGCAUUGUAAGACUGAGGAGUUAGACGAGGCUGCUGGUGCCGUGGAGGAAGACACAAUAGAAGAUAAGAGUAAAUUGGCAGCCAAGUUACAACAUUUCAAGGAUAUGAUCGACGAAUCAAACACAAAACAGGAGACGAUGAAGGAUAGGCACAACGAUUUGAAGGAUUUGUUGUCACAAAGAUUUAACAGCCUCCGUGACUUGAUUACAAAACGAGAAGCGGAAUUGAGGAAAACCUUGGAGUUCAGACACCUGUCUGAGAUGGAUGAGGCUGCGAGGGUCAGUAACAAUCUCAGGCGGAUUGUCAGGUUAUGCAAGAACACCCAUGAUUACACAGGGAAACUGCUGGAGCAUGGAAACACGAGCGACAUCCUGAUGCUGAGGAAGUAUGUGAAGUUCAGGACAGAAAUGGCUUUAUCUGAGGAGGCCGAGAUGUUUGAAGUUGUACCAGUUCAUGUAACAUUUUCGAGGGAGAAAAUACAAUCAUUUGAAAAUGUUUUACAAACCGUGUGCGACAUUGAGACCAAGGAGGGGGAUGAUGGCAGCUUUAUGAAUUUGUAUGCCAAUUUUGAGGGACCAAACAGUGAUACUGAAACUUCUGAGAAAGAUCCCCAAGCACAGGGAAACUAUCUUCCAAUGUUUUCAACAGUGGACGAGAGUAAACUUUCAGACAUGAUAUCAGAAACGGAGCCCCUUGACAUGGAUCCUGACACCGAAGAAGAAAAGGAAAGAGAACACAACGAAGAAAACGAAGAGGACAACGGAGAAGAGUUGAUCACUGGCAAUCAUGUUUUGUCAUAUCCUGCUUUGUCGUUUGACGUGGAAAGAAUCAACAGCAAUAAGGUCCAUGUCAACAACAAAGGGUUCCUGGUCAAUAGUAAAGUCUCCCAAGAAAGGAAAGUAGGUCAGUAUGUUGGGACAACGGCUAUUACACCUCUACCCAAAGACAAAGUCAGCUAUUGGGAGGUUGAGUCAGACUUCAACGUGGCCUCUGAAAUGCAACAACAUGGCCUACUUAUGGAAAUAGGUGUGGCUAGGGGAGCAUGCCUGGACAACAGCUACUGCAUGAGCGGGCAGAAAGGAUCGAUGUGUCUCGCCAUCGCACACUGCUCUACACACAAAGGAGUCUGUGCAAAGAUCUGGAGCAAUGGCCAGAAGAUGAGAUGCUACGAAAACGUUUUGUCGACCAGUCCAGGAACAUCUGACACACUGCGACAUGGGCUUCUGUUUGACGGUACCAGGAACACCCUCACUAUAUUUGACCUCAACACCAUAGCUGAACUUGUGACACUGGACACAGAAGAACAGGCAGAUGACUACUGGCCCGUGUUCGGAGCAUACAACUCUUCCCUUGCUGCUGUUCAGAUGAAGCUGGUGUCGGGAAAAGAAAUAAAUAUUUUAAAAUCAAAGACAAAAAUGCUGAAGGGAGCAAUGGAGUGAUUUGUAGCUUAUAUUGCUAUUGAACAUUUUCGUGGGAGUAGAUGAUGAUAAAUAAUCAGUGAGGUGUUUCUUACGACUGUUUUUUUUACUGAUUGAUAACAUCACUAUCUACAUUCGCAUAUUGUUUUCUUAACACAGUCCAUUUAAAAAAGUGUAUAUGCAUACCAAUUAUUGUACAGUUAUAUAUUAGAUGUACCUAAACGUUCUUACCAACAUAUUGCCAAGGCAUGUGUUAAUGCAGCAGCUUAAUCUGCUGAACAGCCAAGCAGAUGCGUGUGUUGUCUGUUUCAUGCCAAGAAUUGUACUUGUGUAUUAUUUUACUAUUUACCCGUUUCGCCAUUGUUAAUUCAAUUCGUAACUGUGAAAAUCUAAAAGUUCAUUCCAAGCCACAAGAUACAUGAUAAACAUACCGUAUAUGUAAGUAAUGUACACCACAUAUACAGUUUUCUUAUCUACACAUUUAUCAAAAUUUUCCCCAUCUUCAUCAUAAUGACUGUACAAACUGUCAUGAUUUCUCUCUGUGGUUAAACUAUAGAUAUGAAGUUAAAAUGACAAAAUUGGUGUGUGUGUGUGUAUACAAGGUGUAAAAUACAUUAUUUGUACCUGCGUUAUGUUGAUGGUUAAAGAUAAAUAUAUGUUCAAGGUUAUGUGCAAGGAUAUGUUUAUAUUGUUUCGCUGCAUGUAUAUGAUACAAAGAAUAAUAAAAAGCGCUUCUUAUGACUUUGGAAA